GAAGAUCCACGCCGGUUUAAAGUGGUCCCGUCACCGACCAAUAGUGCAACUCCAACCAAUAUCUUCUGCUCCGCCACUGCGAGUUCACUCGCAAGGUCAAAGUGUUGUGUACGAGCGUCUGUUGCAGGAUUGUUUAUCUUCUGGCCGUUGUUCGGUCAGUUUAACAUUGGCCAACAAUUAUAAUGUUGCAUAUCGUGUUCCUGUUGACGGUCUCAUGUUUCGUGUGCGCCUGUGGAUAUGUCAUCCCGGACCCGCUAUUGGAGGUCUAUGAAUCUGGCGGAUUCAAGGUUUCGAUUCCAGCCGAGGAUGAUAUGCAGUUGCUGGGAUUUCAUGCAAAUCUAAACAAAGAAAUCUCACAAAUUGAUCCAGGCAUUUAUAAGCAAGACAUAACCGCACCAGAAAAUGGCCUUUUUGCAUUCACAGAGCCCAGUGCAAAAUUGGCAAUAGGAGAUACUCUUCACUAUUGGCUUUUUGUUCAGAAAAGCUUCUUAGGCUAUAGAAAAUUGGGAAAACUGACUGUAACUAAGUACUCCCAAAAGGGUGCAGGAGCAUGCAUCAAAGCCCAAACUUUAGUUGAUGGAGCCCAAAGUGAAUGUCGAAAUGACGUCGUAUUGGAAGAUAAGUUUAAUUCAAACGCAAUAGAUGAAACCAAGUGGCUUGUUGAACAAUAUGUGCCAAAUGAUGGACCAGAUUAUGAAUUUGUGUCCUACCAGAAGCCACAAUGUCAAGUGGGUGGAGACGUUUUGAAAAUAUCUCCGUCAGUACUGACCGAGGAAGAGAUUGUGAGGCCGUUAGAUUUGACAAAUGGCUGCACAAGAAAUGUGUGCAACCAAACUAAGAAAAACACACUUUUAUACCCAAUAAAAUCGGGCAAGUUAACGUCAAAAAUCAAAUUGACUUAUGGUAGAGUGGAGAUUAAAGCCAAAUUACCGUUAGGAGACUGGAUCUAUCCUGAAAUAUACUUAGAAACAGAUUCCUUGAAACGUAUUUACAUAGCUUUCGCCAGAGGCAACAAAAACUUGCAGCACAAUGGGCAAAACGUUGGCGCAAAUAAACUGUACGGAGGUAUGACGGACGCAAAUCAGGGAGACAUAUUUACAAGACUGUUUUUCAAAGACUCUGCUCAACCAUACUCUAACGGUUUCCAUGAUUACAAAAUAAUCUGGACUCCUAGCAUAGUAGAAGGAUAUAUUGAUGGUACUAAAUAUGGCGAGGCUCCUGUCACUCCAGACUUCCAACAACCGGCACGACUUGUAUUAGGUGUUGCUGUUGGUGGCAUAAAAGCCUUCUAUGACAUAUCAACUCCUUGGCUGUAUGGGGACAGAGACAUGCAAUCGCAAUUUUAUGAGAAGAAAAAUGACUGGCAAAGAACAUGGACUGAACCCUCGCUACAAGUACAAUCUGUUAAGAUUAAAGCUGUAUAAGAUGUGAUAAUUUUUUAUUAAAUAUAUUUAUAAAAAAGUG